AACAGCAGAAACUCUCCUGAUGUCUUCCAGUAAUGACCAGUUUUGUAUCCCAUUGUCGCAAAGAAACACCGAUGGUCUCCCCAGCAUGACCUCCAGUGACCCGAAGACAUGUACUGAAGGGGCUGUGUUAAGUUUUCAUAACGUCUGCUAUCGAGUAAAAGUAAAGAGUGGCUUUUUACUUUGUCGGAAGACGGUUGAGAAAGAAAUCUUAUCCAAUGUCAAUGGGAUCAUGAGACCUGGCCUUAAUGCCAUUCUUGGACCGACAGGUUCAGGCAAAUCUUCGCUGUUAGAUGUCUUAGCUGCACGGAAAGAUCCACAUGGAUUAUCGGGAGAUGUUUUGAUAAAUGGAGUGCCUCAGCCUGCCAAUUUCAAAUGUAAUUCAGGUUAUGUGGUACAAGAUGAUGUCGUGAUGGGCACACUGACAGUGAGAGAAAAUCUACAGUUCUCAGCAGCUCUUCGGCUUCCAACAACCAUGAAGAAUCAUGAAAAAAAUGAAAGGAUUAAUAUGGUCAUUAAAGAGUUAGGUCUGGAUAAAGUGGCAGAUUCCAAGGUUGGAACUCAGUUUAUCCGUGGUGUGUCUGGGGGCGAAAGAAAAAGGACCAGUAUAGGAAUGGAGUUGAUUACGGAUCCUUCUAUCUUGUUCCUGGAUGAGCCCACGACUGGACUAGACUCAAGCACAGCAAAUGCUGUCCUUUUGCUCUUAAAAAGGAUGUCUACGCAGGGACGAACAAUCAUAUUCUCCAUUCAUCAGCCUCGGUAUUCUAUCUUCAAGCUGUUUGAUAGCCUCACCUUAUUGGCUGCAGGAAAACUAAUGUUCCACGGUCCUGCACAGGAAGCUUUGGACUACUUUGCCUCAGCAGGUUAUACCUGUGAGCCCUACAACAACCCCGCUGACUUCUUCCUGGAUGUGAUUAACGGAGACUCCUCUGCUGUGGUACUAAGCAGGAAGGAAGAAAGCGUUGAAGCCAACAGGACUGAAGAGCCUUCUAAGAGAGAUCAGCCAAUCAUAGAAAAACUAGGUGAAUUCUAUGCCAUGUCUGCCUUGUACAAAGAUAUGAAAGCUGAAUUAGAUCAACUUUCAGGUGGUCAUAAGAAGAAGAGGAGUGUAGCCUUCAAGGAGAAUACCUAUGUGACCUCCUUCUGUCACCAGCUGAGAUGGAUUGCCAAACGUUCAUUCAAAAACCUACUGGGCAAUCCUCAGGCCUCCAUAGCUCAGAUCUUUGUCACAAUCUUUUUGGCACUGGUUAUAGGUGCCAUUUACUUCAAGCUAGAAAAUAACAAUGCUGGAAUCCAGAAUAGAGCUGGCGUGCUGUUCUUCUUGACAACCAACCAGUGUUUCAGCAGUGUGUCAGCUGUGGAGCUCUUUGUAGUGGAGAAGAAACUUUUCAUACAUGAGUAUAUCAGUGGAUAUUACAGAGUGGCAUCUUACUUCUUUGCAAAAUUAUUGUCUGAUUUACUGCCAAUGAGGUUGUUGCCAAGUGUUAUAUUUACUUGUAUUGUGUACUUCAUGUUAGGGUUGAAACCAGCGGCAGAGGCUUUCUUCAUAAUGAUGUUUACCCUUAUGCUGGUGGCUUAUACAGCCAGUUCCAUGGCACUGGCUAUCGCAGCCGGUCAGAGUGUGGUCUCCGUAGCAACACUUCUCAUGACCAUAUCUUUUGUGUUCAUGAUGCUCUUUUCAGGUCUGUUGGUGAAUCUCAGAACCAUUGGUCCUUGGCUCUCGUGGCUUCAGUACUUAAGCAUCCCUCGAUACGGCUUCACAGCUUUGCAGCAUAAUGAAUUUUUGGGGCAAAACUUCUGUCCAGGACUCAAUACAACAAAAAUUGACGACUGUGAUAACAGCUACGCAGUAUGUACUGGAAAACAAUAUUUGACAAAUCAGGGCAUCGAUCUCUCCCGUUGGGGCUUGUGGAAGAAUCAUGUGGCUUUAGCUUGCAUGAUGAUCAUCUUCCUCACAAUCGCCUACCUAAAAUUGUUAUUUCUCAAAAAACAUUCAUAAGUUCUUUAAUUUACUUUGAAUUGCCCUCACAUUAAAAAGAACACCUGGAAUUAUU